AUUCAGCAAGCCUGUUAGAACAAACGCAGUUGGGCUGAAAGGAUUCGACCGCCGGCGGACUGCACUGGCCCAUUAGUUACAGUCUAGAUCCAGCAGUAAUCUGUAAUCAUAUCGUUUACAUGAGAAACCGUUUACGUGUAAAUAAAAUCCAAACGACGCCUAGACCCGUGAAAUUCCAGUAAAGUCGUGAUAAAAUGGCUGUGAACGUGUACUCGACAUCGGUAACUAGCGACAAUCUGAGUCGUCAUGACAUGCUGGCCUGGAUCAACGAGUCCCUACAGAUCAACCUCACUAAGAUCGAGCUGCUGUGUUCAGGUGCUGCUUAUUGCCAGUUUAUGGACAUGCUCUUCCCUGGCUGUGUGCCUCUGAAGAAAGUGAAGUUUGCUGCCAAGCUUGAACACGAGUUCAUUCAUAACUACAAGAUACUGCAGGCCAGCUUCAAAAGGAUGGGCGUCGACAAGAUCAUCCCAGUGGACAAGUUGAUAAAGGGGAAGUUCCAGGACAACUUUGAGUUUGUCCAGUGGUUCAAGAAGUUCUUUGACGCCAACUAUGACGGUAAGGAUUACGACCCCGUGGAGGCGCGCCAGGGUCAGGACACCAUGCCCAUGCCCAGCCCAGCCAUGUCUGCUCUCAACAAGCCCAAGAAGAUCCUCAAUGCAGCUCCCCAGAGGGCCGCGGUUGCUAAAGUAGCACCCAAGAUGGCGCCGGGGUUGGCACGGAGACCAGGGGUCGGUGGAGGAGACGAGGAGAGGGCGGAGCUUAUCCAGGAGGUCAACAUUUUAAAGUCCACCAUCCAGGACAUGGAGAAGGAGAGGGACUUUUAUUUUGGAAAACUGAGGAACAUUGAGCUUAUCUGCCAAGAGAAGGAGGGAGAAGGAGACCCAACACUGCAGAGGAUCAUAGACAUUCUCUACGCCACAGACGAGGGCUUUGUCAUACCGGACGCCGAAUCAGAAGAGCAGGAGGAGUUUUAACCCUCGGGACUGGAUGACGCACCUCUUGCUCCAACCUCCAACCAACCUUUCCUUUCCGAACCUGCCUGAACCCACCCCCUCCCUCACCCCUGCAAUCAGCUACAGCCCCAGCCCCACCCUCCCUCUCUAGUACCUGAAACCACCAGUUCAUGAUAUGGAUUUGGGGUACUGAAAUGGACUCGAUAUGAAAUGUUUUUUUUGGUCUGUCAAAUCAAGUUGAAACAAGUCAAGUGUGAAGUACCUCCUCUGAAGGGCCUGUCCCUGGCUCGCUCUCCUGGUGGCCUGUAUCUGCCUAGCCUAGUGCUGUACUACACUACAGAGUGGCCAUCUUGGUCGGCUUCUAGUGGCCAUCUUGGUCUGCUCAGGUCCCGAAGAGUGAGUUUAUCCGUCUGUAAUAUUCCACUUCUUUGGGCUUUAGAUUAUUAUUUUUUCUCUCCCGUGUGUGUUGUGUCGCAAGUUCUUUGGCACCUGCACUGUCUUUUGUACAUGUUUUCUCUUUUCCCUAAAUUAUCACAGUCUUUGCCACAUGCUUCCAUUACGUAUGGGAACUCGUUUUCCUAGUUAUGUUGAUAGAGGAAGGGUUUUAGAUAUGUUAUGUUGUGUGUAUGGUUGAUGUUUUCUGAUCAUGGUCUAUCAUUAGUACAUCACUCAGUCCACCCUGUGCCCCCCACCCCACCCCCCAAAAAAACUUGUUAUACAGUUUUAUCAUUGGGUCUCAUUUGAGGAUGAGCUUGUUUAAAAUGUGCAAUUGUUUUAUUCCAGGAGAACUGUGACUGUUUGUCAUAGUCACAGUCCGGUCACACUAAUACAGAAUGCAGCUUCUUCACUGCAAGUCUUCUAGGCAUGCCAGUAUUUAAUGCUGAACAAGAAUCGUAUCGCAACAAGGCUUGUGGUGGAGUGUGUGUGUGUGUGUAUGUGAGAUAUAUUUUAUGUUUUGCUUGCCUUCUGUGUGUUAGAAGGCAUAUGCCUGCCUCGACCCAUGACCUCUGGGCUUUAGCCUCACACGUGUCCUGAUAAACUAACUUGGCCUCGAGCGGUCAGGCAGGUUCACCGGGUCAUCCCAAACAACCCAGCCACGCCCACUUUUGGCUUUUCUCUAACCACCGUUUCCUCCACCGGCACAAGAUUCUUGACUUCUUGUGCCAAAGGCUUUCUGUUUGCAAGGAGAGCACCUCAUAAAGGUGAUAGAUUAUUUUUUUAAACAUUGUUUUUUCAACGGUCUUUUCUUAUUUCAACCAUAUUUCAACUGGAUUUGUGGAGAGUUUUAACUAGGCGAUGUACGUUGUGGAAUGAGUUUAGAUUGAUCAUAGCCUUGCUAAUGUCCCAGAGACCAAGUAAAUGGGCCCCCAAAACAUAACUGCCAGACUCUGCACAGGACAGGGAAGUCAGAGAUUUUAGAUGUUUUUAUAAAUGGCCUUAUUCUUAAUGUUUUUUGUUUGUUUUCUUCUCUUGGUAACCUUUUUCAUAAACUCAACAUAGAUGUGACUUUGAUGUAUUUUCUCUUUUUUGGCAAAUGUUUGUAAUGCGAAUUAAAAUAUUGUCAGUUAGCUCUUAA